AUGAUGCUCGUACGGCGAGCGGCGCGCUUCUCGACGACGGCGACGCCACGAGUAACGAUCAUGAGCCCCGACUACAUCAAGGAGACGCCGCUGCUUCUCUCGACCCGCGAUCAAAUCGAAGGCCGCGAGGUCAUCCAGGAGCUCGGCAUGGUCUGCGGCAACGUCGUCCGCACCAAGAACAUCCUCGAAGACAUCCUCGCUGCGUUUGGCGGCGUCCUCGGCGGCGAGACGCGUUCGUACUCGUCGCUCAUGAAUGAGACGAACAACGAAGCGGUGCACCGUAUGAAGGCAGCUGCGCUCGCCCAAGGCGCCACGGCUGUUGUGCGCACCAAGUUUGAGACCAACCUCGCCAUGAAUCGGUUUGUCUUUGGCUUGCACUGCAGCAGCGUGUGCUACGGCACGGCCGUCAUCUGCCGCCCGAAAAAGUCGACGCAGAAGGAGCACAACGACGACGACGAGUAG